AGCAGCAAGGAGGUGGCACGCGCUGCUUAAGAGUGUAUAUAAACCAGGAAGUGUAAUUUUGUUUUGUCGUUUAGGAUGUGAAAACAUUUUGUUCUACAUAUGCAAACUAGGUAUUCAAUAUGAACGAAAGAGAUGCGAUUCAUGAUGGCACCGUUUAUGCUAACAGUGAUAUUUUGAAGACUGCAAACGUGAGCAAGUUAUUAUUGUCGGGAAAACCCUUGGAGCAACUUCUCUCAGAAGACCAUAGGGAAGUGGCCAAAGCCGAUGAAAACAAUGUCUGGUAUCACAAGAAAAUAUCCCGGGAGUCAGCCGAGAGUAUACUACAAGAAGGGCUGCAGAAGCAGGGUGAUAUGAGUGGUCUGUUCCUGAUCCGAGACAGCACCGUGUCCGGCAAUGACUUCGCUCUGUCGCUGGUGUGCAAGGGGAAGAUAUUCCACUUCCAGGUGCAGCAGACGUGUGAGUGCUUCUACCGCAUUGACGAUGGACCCAUCAUCCAUGGUUUGGACAAAUUGGUCACUCACUACACAGGUAUGGCAAACGGACUUCCCACCAAACUCAGCAGCUUCUGCCGAGGGUCAAUACCACCGAAUACCUGUCGGAAGUUCGGACCCAACAAUCUGUUGCAUCGGGCAGUUCUAGAGGGUAAAAAAGAUGUUGUUAAGAGAAUAUUGGCAUAUAGUACCUGCCCAGAUGUUAAUGCCAAAAAUAAGAUUGGUUCCCUAGCCCUCCAUGAUGCAGCCUUCCAUGGCUACUAUGAAAUUGUGGCUCAACUGCUGGACAGAGGGGCUGAUGUCAAGAUCAAGGACACUAACGGACACACCGCACUACAUAGGGCCUGCGUGGCCAACCAACCACGGGUAGUGGAACUGCUGAUAAAGAAGGGUCGGAGCCUCACUUCAGAACGGUGCUCUCAGACAGGCUGGGUGCCGCUCCAUGAAGCUGCCAUGCGGGGCCACAUCAACUGUAUCAAGGUGCUAUUAGAAAACGAUGCCACUCCAUUUCCCCGGAAUGAUGACAAGCUGACCCCUCUAGAAUUGGCGAAAACAUACGGGAGAAGGGAGUGCAUCAACCACUUCAAAAAUUAUGAAAUUCAUGAUAUGGAGACCAAACCGGCGGAUUGGUUCCAUGCAGAACUAGAUCGACAGGGAGCGAUGCAGAUGUUUGAAUUUCACGGGAUGAGAGAAGGACUGUUUUUGAUUCGACCAAGCAAGAAACAUUUUGGCUGGCAUGUGCUCAGCUUGUGUCACAGUCGAGCGGCCUUCAACUACGAGAUCAGGAACCAGGACUACGAGGGGCGUCUGGUUCACUUCAUCGACGACGGCCCAUACCUGCUGUCCCUGGAACAUGUGGUCUACCACUACACCCGACAGAUGGACGGGCUGCCUUGUAUGCUCACAGCGUCCCUCAACUCAACUCAGAGAGUAAUUGAAGUAAUAGUGCCAAGAGCGCACACGUCAGACAACAGCUAUCCAAGACCAAUAUCUCAGCCAGAUCCUCCAGGGCUUCCUCCGAGACCCACUGACGAUCUGUACUCCGCACCCAACAAGAACAACCCAACUACGCCCGACCCUGUCACGCCGCCGGUGCCUGCUGGGCCAAUCCCCAAUCGGAAGCCGGCAGAUGCAGAACCGCAGCAAACAAAUUUAACAAUGAUCCCACUUUCGAAAAUCAAAAGAGGUUCAGAGCUGGGCCAGGGAGAGUACGGCUCUGUGCUGAAGGGCACUUUGAUAACUCACAAGGGCACGUUCAGGAGUGAGAAGAUAGAUGUGGCGCUGAAGACUUUCCAUGAUGGGUCCGUGGAGAAUGCCAAUAGUUUCCUGGCUGAAGCCCGAGUGAUGCAGUCUCUCCAACAUGCCUGCAUCCUCAGUCUGCUGGGUGUCUGCGAGGGACCACCUCUCAUGCUGGUGGAGGAGUAUGUGCCGAUGGGGUCCAUGCUGGACUUCCUCCUGGACCACGAAGAAAAGAUUGAUGUGAAGACAGACUUGUACCUGUGGGCGGCACAGAUCGCUAACGGCAUGAAGUACCUGGAGACUCAGAGACUCGUUCACCGAGAUCUGGCUGCCAGAAACAUCCUGUUGAAGGAUAUGAAGCAGAUUAAGAUCAGUGACUUUGGCCUAUCACGAGCUGUGGGGACAGAGAGUGAUUAUUACAAGGCUACACAUGGUGGUCGAUGGCCCAUCAAAUGGUAUGCCCCAGAGAGUGUUAACUAUGGCCAGUUUUCUCACGCUAGCGAUGUGUGGAGCUACGGUGUCACUCUGUGGGAGAUGUUUACAUUCGGGGAGCCGCCUUACGGGGAGAUGAAGGGGAUCGAGGUGGUGCAGUACAUCGAGCAUGGGAAGCGGCUGAUUAAGCCAGACAGGUGCCCCCAGACAGCGUACGGCAUCAUGCUCAAGUGUUGGUCCUGGAAGGCAGAACAUCGGCCUCAGUUCAUGGACCUGGCCAAACACUUUGAUGAGGACCCUGAAUAUGCCAGCAUUCAUGAUCUGUUGAGGCAGGCCUCGAGGAGAGAGUAGUGGUGGAGAAGUUGGGGUUGUUGGGGUUUAAGUGGGGUUCACAUUCAGAUUGAAAGGUUGAUAUUGAGCUUGUUGGGGUGAGAUACGCUGUGAGCAGUCAGCUAGAGCGGUUUUGGUAGGGAUGGGGGUGAGUUGGAUGGAAUUAUUUAAAGCUGUUGGGUAAGGUUAACUGGGGUUGGGCAAGUUAUGGGUGAGGUAGAGCAGUUGGGUGAGGUGAGUCAUGGGGGUGAAAUAGAACUGGGUUUGAGUGCAGCUGUUGGGUGAGGUUAACUGGGGUUUGGCAGGGAUAGAGGGGUUGAAGUAAAGUUAUGGGUGAGGUGGAUCUGUCGGGUGAGGUGAGUCAUGGGGGUGAAAUAGAACUGGGUUUGAUUGUAGCUAUUGGGUGAGGUUAACUGGGGUUGGGUAGGGAUAGAGGGGUUGAAGUUAAGUUAUGGGUGAGGUGGAUCUGUCGGGUGAGGUGAGUCAUGGGGGUGAAAUAGAACUGGGUUUGAUUGUAGCUGUUGGGUGAGGUUAACUGGGGUUGGGUAGGGAUAGAGGGGUUGAAGUUAAGUUAUGGGUGAGAUAGAGCAGUUGGGUGAGGUAGAGUCAUUGGGGAAGUAGAACUGGGUUUGAUUGUAGCUUUUGGGGUAGAUGGGUAGAACUGGGGGGUACUGAGUCUAGCAUGAGAUUGAACUACCAGAGUGAGGUGUGUCAGUUGAGGGGGACACAUAUCCCCACUAGGGGAGUGAGCUGAAAUGUUUUGUUACAGAGUUGCUGGGCUGACAGUGGGAGGGGUUGUAGGAUGGGGAAAGGGUCAACUAGCCUACCGUGCUACCAACUCUGAAAUAUAACUUGGUCAUCCUCACUAUGAUCAAUGCACAUGUUCACAUGUGACCAGGCAUAUCAAAUAUGAUGAAAUGAAUCGUAGUUAAUGGACAGUUUUACUUCAGGAACAAGUAGAUUACAGAUAACUGACAGUUAGAUUCCCAGGAGCUGACACAGCAGACAUGUUUACAGGGAAUUGUGGGAUAUGGACAGAGCCUCAGUUUGAAUCCAAACUAACCCAUGUGUGCUGACAGACAAGAUUUGAAUAUUCAAAGUAACUAUCAAGUAUAUAUGUCACAAUUGUUCCCACUGAUAGCUUUCUCUGCACCAUGUCCGUUGGUCAAUUAUUCAAUGUAUUCUUUCUUAACCCAUGUCACAUGACAAGGCAUGUAUUUUAGUGAAGGCCUUGAAAGAAUUCCGAGACAUGAACACCAGGUGCUCAAGACCCAGGACUGUGUUUGACUCUCUAGUGCCUUCUAUGCAAUCUGUCCAUGUACACCCUGUCCGAGAAAGAAGCUUCCCUAGAUUCAUAUAGACAUUCCUAAGCCAUGCUGCAGAGACUGUGGCUUGUGGUUAUCUGAUUAGGAAGAUAUCCACUUUCUUGUGCUCCUAUCUUGAAGGAAGUGAACCAUCAUUGCGGACAGGUACUGCUGUCUCGUCUGUGCCAAAUACUUCUGUAAAAGUUCUUGUACAUGGGCUACUGACUUGCAGGCCAGGUACAUUUCUGUAUGGAGAGAUUACCCUGAAUAAAAUGAACAUGUGAAUGUACUGCUCCUGACCACUGUAUGGCACUGGAGCCUCGAGUACUUUCAUCUGAGAGCGAAAACUGCUUCCUCCGUGGAUGUGGUAAAUUCAAUAAUGGCUGAAUCAUAUCAAACAUUCUGUUUCCACCUGCGAUACUUGAUGUUUCCCGCAUCUUAUGGCUGGAAUGUUGCUGUAAUGUUGCUGAUUUCAGCAUUAACAGCAAACAAAUGUAAUUUGUCUGAGGGAAACCUAAAUCUGUUUUGCACAGCCUUUAAUAUACUCACUGAGUCACUCUGUAGCUAUGCGGUGGUCAACAAGGGAACAUUUGUCUCACAUCACAGUCUUUACACAGGAAAGUACUGUGGCCACAAAUCUGUAGUACCCUGUACAAGAACUAACCCUUCAGCCAAAUUCUCUUAUGUUGACUUUAGACACACUGUGUCAUCCUUGAAUGUAUUGAUACCCGUCAGUGCCACAACCCUGUCCACGAGAAAAGGUCCACAGUGUCUCAUCAGAACUGCCGAAAAAGGAUGAAGUGUUUAAUUUUGUGUGUUCUGCUGAUCUUGUGUGUCCUGAUAAAGUGGAUCCUUACUCUAACAGUUCAGCAGUUUGCCUGGACCAAGCUUAAUUAUCAAAUAGGCUUCCAUGAUAUAACGGGAGUAUUGCUGACUGUUGUAAAACUAUUGAGAGAGGGCUGCAAUCAAAUUGGUUAAAAGAUAAAUUUAAGUUAAUUUAGCUAAAUGGUACUGAAUCCUAUAAUUCUUCUGGAAUUUUCAAAAUGCGUCAAUACUUUUCUUGGUAAGUAUAUUUUUUUGUCAGUCACAAUUCCAUCCAAAACCUGAAACUGAUACUGCAAUACUUUUUGGGGACAUUUUAUUAAUAUUUAUCAGAACAAAUUCCUGGUAUCAAAUACCCAUUAACUUUAGGCUAUCAAAUACCCACUAACGUCUGACCAUCCAAUACCCACAAACUUCAGGUCAUCCAGUACCAGCAACUUCUGGGCAUCCAGUACCCAAAACCUUCUGACCAUCCAAUACCCACUAACGUCUGACCAUGCAAUACCCACAAACUUCAGGCCAUCCAGUACCCACAAACUCCUGACCAUGCAAUACCCACUUUAUCUUGUGAGUAGCAAGGUUAAAGUGUAGCACUGUAUAUUGUCAAUAUAUACGAGGAUGACGUCACAGCUGUGCAUGUGUCACCUGUUUUGUUGUAUCAGUAGUCAAGGUGAUAUAUUGGCAGUUCCUGUACAGGACAGAACUGUUGUACCUGUGUUGUAUAAUAAUGGACACUAAGUUUGUAGACAAGUUUUACCUGUUUUCAUAGAAACGUUUUUAGUGAACUGUUUUAGAAACAAGAUGAUAAUGUACAAUCCAAUAUAAAGAGGGACUAGACACGUGCUGUUUGGUAGGUCUGUUUCAAGUCAUUCAUCACCCACCUACUUUGUCUUCUAACUAACCAGAUUGUGGAGUGUAGUCCCUCUUUAAGGUUGGAGGUAGCAUAGACUGUGCAGUCUCAUCAAUUUCAGAUUGUGUACUCUGAUACCUCUUGGCAUGUAUUUCUGAUAAUCCUCUCAAGGUCGCAUCAGGUGAGCUUUCUUAUAAGCCUGUUGAGCAAGAAAGCUUGAGCAACACAUCUGAUCUCUUUGUCUCAAAAACGAACAUUAGUGGGCAGUUCCGAAUGCAAAUUAAUAAAGGUAAUACUUGACGCAAGGUCCCAUGGUGGGUGGGUGAAAUCCUCUUGCAGAGACAUGGUAUUGGAGUACAAGAUCUGACUUGAAUGAGACUGGUGCUGGGUAGAGACUGUGGAAGCCACUGUAGACAUCUACCUGGCUGGAGAAGCUCCCAACUCACGUGAGUUGGUCAGGUGCUUAAUGUAUGUUUGUAAACACCACUCAUUGUCAUCAAAGCAGCUAGGCGCUGGUAGCUUGGUAACGCCACAACAGCUGAUUUGUAAAUAACAUCACGCAAUUGUUCAUCAUGCUGAAUUAUCAUUGUUAUUUUUUGUUUUAAUUCCUGCAGCUUUGUUUUAAUUCCUGCAAACAUGUUCCUCAAAUUGACACUUAUAUCAUUGCAUAUCAAGAGCUGCUUUUUAGUCCUACCAAAGUUUGGGUGGAGAAGCCAGAUUGGUCAUAUAUGACUUUAAUGAAGGCCUUACACCUUUCUUCAUAAACCUCCACAUCAGAAAAUAUAUCAGAUAGACAAAUUCCGCCUUAGUAUGUUUUGAAAUAUGACAUGUAGAGUGCAAGUAAUGCUGUCUUUGUAAGCUGUGUGUAACACAUGUCUACACCAUGUCCAAGAUUAAUGGGGGGGUACGGGUGGCCCAGUUGUCUAAGGCGCCGUGAUUCGCUGUGCAGAGUUGCGUCCCUUGGGCACGCCAGAAACCUAUGAUUGUGGGUUCGAAUCCCAGUUCGCCCCGAUUAUGUUUCUAGG